CACCUGAUUUGUUCUAGAGGCAUGCUGAUUAGCCAGGAUGCGGUUAGUGAUUCUGUUGUGGGCAAAAUUCUGAAGCCGAACAUAUAGCCUUGAGCUCCUCAUGCCCAGCCUGUGCCAUACGUUCAACCUGGGGCUCGACCAUUCUACAACGCUCCCUGGUAGAGUCUUGUUCGUCAUUUUUCAUUUCAAUUUCUUUCGUUCACCGUCGCUGGCGACAAGGCUGCUGGCAGUUCUGGAUUAGGGUCUGUGAUUCUUUUCUAGGGUAUCUUUUUUCGUAGUAAUUUCUGUCACAAUAUCUGCCAUGGAGAAGCCAGUAUGUGCGAGUGAGGCAGAUGGCGCUGUGUAUGAUUUUCCAUUGCACGUGGCUGCAGUCUUCAUCGUCUUCAUCGCCUCCAUUGGAGGUGCUGGAUUCCCAGUAGUUGCAAAGAAAGUCAAGUGGAUGAAGAUACCACCAAAGGUGUUUUUCUUCUGCAAGCACUUCGGUACUGGUGUUCUGAUCGCUACAGCAUUUGUCCAUCUUCUUCCAACAGCCUUCCAGUCUCUCAACGAUCCAUGUCUUCCAGAUCUAUUCACCGAAAAGUACCCCGCUCUGCCUGGUGUCAUCAUGAUGGGUUCGCUUUUCAUCCUCUUUGUGGUCGAAAUGUGGCUUAACGCAAAGACUGGUGGCCACUCGCACGGAAGCGCUACUGGCAACGAGUUCGCUGGAGGUGCACUGCCACCUGGCAUCCAGGCUGCGAUGAACAACGCCACGCAGAAGAGGAGCAGCUACGAUUCUCAAAGGACCAUGUUGACCAUUCGUGACGACAAGAAGGGCUGGGUCGAGAGCACAUACCCAGCUGGCAACUUUUCAUUCCCCAAGGAUCACGACGAGAUGGAGCCACGUUCCGAGAUGCCUCCUUGGUUCAUUGUCUUUUACGAGCAGUACGUGCGUCAACGUGAAGAGAUGGUCAACAUGGUCAACCGCGCAAUGCCUGCUCUGCCUAGCUAUCCUCAGGAGAAAAGUCUCGAGGCACAGGUGUCGUACUUUGAUGAGGAUGUCGAGCAGGCCGUUGAUCCUCUUAUGCUCAAGAAGCAGUCUCUCCAGAUCACCCUCAUCGAAGGUGGUAUCUUGUUUCACUCUGUCUUCGUCGGUAUGACCGUCUCGAUCACAGCCGAAGGUUUCAUCAUCCUGCUCAUCGCCAUCGUCUUCCACCAGAUGUUUGAGGGUCUCGGUCUUGGAUCUCGUAUCGCAGCUGUGCCUUAUCCCAACGGCAGCUGGAAGCCGUGGGCGCUCGUGGUUGCAUUUGGUACUACUGCGCCCAUUGGUCAAGCCAUUGGUCUCGUCACGCGCAGCUCGUACGAUCCAAACAGCGCCUUCGGCCUCAUUAUUGUUGGUGUCUUCAACGCCAUCUCAUCUGGACUUCUGAUCUAUGCUGCACUUGUCGACUUGCUCGCAGAGGACUUCCUUUCCGAGGAGGCUAGCCACAACUUGACCGGCAAAGACAAGACAUGCGCCUUCAUCUACGUUCUCUUGGGCGCUGCUGGCAUGUCCAUCGUAGGAGCAUUUGCUUAAGCAACCCAUGCUACUUAGCAUUGCCGCCAGCUUGCCAAGACCAGAUUGCAACGCUUGGAGAGGUCUCUUGUCGCAAAGGAGUUUUAACGCAAGACCCACACGAUCUUGGCAUGUCUCAACCGAGCAUGCCUCUUUCUUUUGU